CUCGGCGCGUUCUUCAGAGGUAAACAUUUUUCAAAAGGUUAUGUUAUUGUUUUCCUUUUCUUCAUGGUCUUCAGUUGUCUCUUAUAUUUAUUUCCUUUUACAAUUAUUUAUAUAUUUAUAUUAUAUAUCAUUUGGUUUAGAAAAUUUCUGGGUACAUCAAAAUUUAAUAGAAUUUGCGCAUUCAAUUCUGACUGUCUAAAAAAAUGUAAUUUAGAUUGUUGAACCCUGUUUAGGAUAGGUGACAAAAACCGAAAUUGCAACAUGUUUCCUGCUAUUGCAGCAGCUUUUUUGAUAAGCUCAGACAAUGAACUUGAUAGUGAAAAUGAAUCCAAUGAUUUUCUUCAUGACGAUGAUGAUUCUGAAUUAUCAAUACCAUUAACAGAUAUGGAUACUAUGGAUACUAGUACAAUUGAUAGUAGUAAUGAAACUGAUGAACUUGAAGUGUCCACUGCUGCAGAUGACGAUUCUAGUGUCGUAGGCAAUGAUGCUGAUGAUGAUAAUCCUCAAAAUGUUGAUCAUAUAGAUUCAGAUGAAUCUAACGAGGAAUUAGUUCAACCUGCAAAACGAUUUAAACCAGAUGAUACAUUGCAAGAUGAUGAAUCUGAAAGUGUUGAUCCAUCUCAAAAGUGCCCUAUUUGUCUAGGUGCCUGGACACCUAUGGGAGAUCAUAGAUUAUGUUCUUUGCGAUGCGGUCAUCUGUUUGGAUAUAAAUGUAUUGAACAGUGGUUGAAUUCAGGUAUUCAAUCUUCGAAACGAUGUCCACAAUGCAAUGCCAGAGCUUCUGUAAGACACAUUCGAUUUUUGUAUGCAAAUAAGUUGACUUGUGUAGAUAAUUCAGAAUUAGAAAAGGUUAAAAAAAAAUUUCACGAAGCUAAUGAAAGAUAUCAAAAGCUAUCAAAGGCUUUAAGUAAACAGAAAAAGAGAACGCAAAAGUACAAACAAAUGUAUAAGGCAAGAACUCUGGCAGUGACAGCAGAUUCUGAUUUUUGUUUUUCAGAUUGAUUUUAUAUAAUAUUAUAGAUGUCUGUUGAAAUUUUUUAAAUUUGUAAGUGCCUGUUCAAAUUAACUGCCAAAGAGUGACUUCAAAAGAUGAAAUAAAAUAUAUAAAUGCCAAAGACAAUUAAUAUUUAUAAAUAAGGGAAUAAGAUUCGAUUGUUAAAGAAAUUAUCUCAUUAAUUUGGCUUAUUUUUAUAUUUGCAUAAAAGUUAUUCAAAAACGAUUAUAAGUAUAUUUGCAAUAUAUUCGUUAAUGUUGUGAUUGCUUCACUUCUAUAUUUUUGUAUGUAUCCAUGACAUGUGUGAUUUCAAUGCUUACAAAUUCAUAAUAAAAAUGUAAAUUGUUUAAUAAAGAAAAAGCACAAGUUA